CUCGAUUGAAAUUAAAAUUUGGGGAUAAUUUUUUUUUUUUACUGGUACGGUCAAUUAUGGAUGAAAAAUCGUUUAUUCUGAUGUUAAGAAGUUUGUUUUGGGAUUUCUAUUGAUCUUUUUAAGUCAAUAAACGCAGUUCUUGAUUCAAAACUGAAGAUUUGGGGUCAAUGUAGUAAUUUUGGAGGUUUGGGGUUGGGUACAAAGAUUGCGUUUUUGUAGAGUUUUAAGUUUAAUUUUGAAUUUGUAUUAAGAACUUUGCUUUCAUUUUGAAAAAUUGGGAUGCUAUUUGUGUUUUUAUUUUACAAAUAGUUGUUUUUUUAUCGGACUUUUUCUACUAUUUGGGAUCUUAACUUCCUUAAACAAUACAUAUGAACUAGAGAUUGUGUUUUCAUGAUUCAUCAAUUGUGUAUAAGUUUAACAUAAUAUUAGUUAUUGAUGUGGUUUCCAGCGUUCAGAUACCCUUAUUUGAUAUGGCAAAGAAAAAUGUUGUAAGUAAUGAAUGAAAGAAAUGAGAAUUCAGAUCUGUUGCACUUUGGAUAAACUGACUUGUUGAUUUUGACGGCUCUUAUUCGAGAAUUUGAUAGAUUGGAUUACAGAAUAUUCAUCCUGGACUUGUGCAAUGGCAGAAAAACGCAGUACAAAUGGUCUGCCUGCAAAUGGUAAUUCAGUGGGGGGUAAUGCAUAUACCAUUGACUUGAAUACAUUCAGUCAGCGGUUGCAGGCUCUUUACACUCAUUGGCGUCAACACAAAGAUGAUCUGUGGGGUUCUGCUGAUACCUUUUCCAUUGCCACACCUCCCCCUUCAGAGGAUUUGCGCUACCUGAAGUCCUCUGCUUUGAACAUCUGGUUGCUUGGGUAUGAGUUUCCAGAGACGAUUAUGGUUUUCAGAGAUAAGCAUAUUCAUUUUCUCUGCAGCCAAAAGAAGGCAACACUUCUUGAGGUUGUGAAAAGGUCUGCUAAGGAGGUUGUGGGUGUAGAUAUUGUCAUGCAUGUUAAGGCUAAAGGUGAUGAUGGUAGUGUUCAUAUGGAUGCUGUGCUUCGUGGUAUUCGUUCUCAAUUAAAACCAGAUGGUGGCUCCCCAGUAGUUGGAAAUAUUGCUAGAGAAGCUCCAGAAGGGAAAUUGUUGGAGUUGUGGGAUGAUAAGGUAAAGAAUUCAGGUCUCCAGCUUAGUGACAUAACAAAUGGGUUGUCUGAUAUCUUCUCGGUGAAGGAUAAAAAUGAGAUUACAUGUGUAAAGAAAGCUGCAUACUUGACUGCGUGUGCAAUGAAGAAUUUUGUGGUUCCAAAAGUUGAGAAGGUUAUCGAUGAGGAGAAGAAAGUUGCCCAUUCCUCAUUAAUGGAUGACACAGAAAAGGCAAUUCUUGACCCUGUGAAGAUUGGUGUUAAACUGAAGGCCGAGAACGUAGAUAUCUGUUAUCCUCCAAUCUUUCAGAGUGGUGGAACUUUUGAUCUUAGGCCUAGUGCUUCAAGCAAUGAUGAGUAUCUAUACUAUGAUUCAGCCAGUGUUAUCAUUUGUGCAAUUGGAUCGAGAUAUAACAGUUACUGCUCCAACAUUGCCCGAACAUACCUCAUUGAUGCAAAUACGGCACAGAGCAGGGCCUAUGAAGUUCUUCUGAAGACUCACGAGGCAGCAAUUCUUGCAUUGAAACCAGGAAAUAAGGUCAGUGCUGUUUAUCAAGCGGCCCUUGCUGUGGUGGAAAGGGAUGCUCCGGAGCUGGUUCCAAACCUGACAAAAUCUGCUGGUACUGGCAUUGGUUUGGAGUUUCGUGAAUCGGGGUUGAGCCUUAAUGCAAAGAAUGACAGAGUGCUGAAGCCAGGAAUGAUUUUUAAUGUUUCAAUUGGCUUCCAAAAUCUGCAAACUGGGACUAGCAACCCCAAGAGUCAGAAUUUUUCGUUGUUACUUGCAGACACAGUGAUUGUGACAGAUAAUGGUCAUGAUGUUGCAACUUCAGUAAGCUCCAAAGCUGUCAAAGAUGUGGCCUACUCAUUUAAUGAAGACGAAGAAGAGGAAGAACAGCCAAAAGUGAAAUCUGAGUCAAAUGUCAAGGACAAUUUAUUUACCAAAGCAACUCUUCGGUCAGAUAAUGGGGAGUUGUCGAAGGAAGAGCUUAGAAAGCAGCACCAGGCUGAACUUGCUCGCCAGAAAAAUGAAGAAACUGCUCGACGCCUUGCUGGUGAAGGUUCUGGAGCUGGGGAUGGGCGUACUGCUGUAAGGUUUGCAGGUGAGUUAAUUGCCUAUAAGAGUGUCAAUGAACUACCUCCACCUAGGGACAUGAUGAUUCAGGUUGAUCAGAAGAAUGAGGCCAUUCUCCUACCGAUUUAUGGAAGCAUGGUGCCUUUUCAUGUAGCUACUGUUAAGACUGUCUCCAGCCAGCAGGAUACUAAUCGCAAUUGUUAUAUCAGGAUCAUAUUUAAUGUCCCUGGUACUCCCUUCACUCCUCACGGUACAAACUCUUUGAAAAAUUUGGGAGCUAUCUACUUGAAGGAGGUUUCAUUCCGCUCCAAGGACCCAAGGCACAUAAGUGAAGUGGUGCAACUGAUUAAAACGCUUAGACGAAAUGUCAUGGCUAGGGAGUCUGAAAGGGCUGAGAGGGCAACUCUUGUCACUCAGGAGAAACUUGUACUUGCAGGCAACAAAUUUAAACCAAUUAAGUUACAUGACCUGUGGAUCCGUCCUGCAUUUGGUGGCCGUGCAAGAAAGCUGCCUGGCUCACUGGAAGCUCAUGUGAAUGGCUUUAGAUAUUCGACAUCAAGGCCAGAUGAACGGGUAGAUAUCAUGUAUGGUAACAUAAAGCAUGCGUUUUUCCAGCCAGCUGAUAAGGAGAUGAUUACUCUUCUUCACUUUCAUCUGCACAACCACAUUAUGAUUGGCAACAAGAAAACCAAGGAUGUCCAAUUCUAUGUUGAAGUGAUGGAGGCGGUCCAAACAAUUGGAGGUGGAAAGAGAUCUGCUUAUGACCCAGAUGAGAUUGAGGAGGAACAGAGGGAAAGAGAGAGAAAAAACAAAAUCAAUGUGGACUUCCAGAAUUUUGUGAAUCGGGUAAAUGAUCUUUGGGGACAAGCACAGUUUAAAGGCCUCGACCUGGAGUUUGACCAGCCUCUAAGAGAGCUUGGAUUUCAUGGGGUGCCCUACAAAGCUUCUGCUUUUAUAGUUCCAACUUCUAGCUGUUUGGUUGAACUGGUAGAGACUCCAUUCCUUGUGAUCACCUUGAGCGAGAUUGAGAUUGUAAAUUUGGAGAGAGUUGGUCUUGGACAGAAGAAUUUCGACAUGGCUAUUGUUUUCAAGGACUUCAAGCGUGAUGUGAUGCGAAUAGAUUCCAUACCAUCCUCUUCACUUGAUGGCAUUAAGGAGUGGCUCGACACUACAGACAUCAAAUACUAUGAGAGUAGGCUGAAUUUGAAUUGGCGUCCAAUAUUGAAGACCAUCACUGAUGAUCCUCAGAAAUUUAUAGAGGACGGUGGCUGGGAAUUUCUGAAUCUAGAAGCUACUGACUCAGAUUCUGACAACUCCGAAGAGUCGGACCAAGGUUAUGAGCCAUCAGAUGCGGAGCCGGUUUCAGAAUCGGAAGAUGACGACUCGGACAGUGAAUCACUGGUGGAGUCUGAAGACGACGAAGAAGAAGAUUCAGUGGAAGAAUCAGAGGAAGAGAAAGGCAAGACGUGGGAAGAGUUAGAGAGGGAAGCUAGCAAUGCAGACAGGGAGAGAGAUGAAUCAGACAGCGAGGAUGAGAGGAGAAGAAGAAAGGCGAAAGCUUUUGGCAAGUCAAGGGCUUCUCCUAGCGUUGCUGCAUCCAAGCGAAUGAAGUUUAGGUAGACUAAUGGAAGGUUUUGUUCAUUUCGAGUUUAUCGAGUUCAAUGGAUUUUGCCUUCCUAAGCUGCAAGUUGCAAUAGACUUUAAUCAACUUACCAUUAGUUUCUUUUUAAUCGGUUAAUUUUACUGUUUAUCUUUGGUCUUCUCGUGUGAUGCUUAUUUCACAGAUUUUGCUUGUAAAUUGGUUGCUGUAGCUUUAUUAUAAAACUAAUUUUUAUGUUUUUAUUAGCUUAUAAUGGGAUUUCUUGGGAGUCAAAGUUGAUAUUCAGCUACAUGGUUAUGUUAUAAAUCAUUGGCGGUCCAUUGCUCCUUUGAUU